UACCCGGUUGCAACGGGCGCGUACAAACGUAUCAUGCUGGGUAGGGCCGGUGCCGAGAUGCCGGCUUGUAAACGAAACCAGUUUGCUAUCCGAUACGAUCCAGGCAACAGCGGCCUCGCGUGAUAUCCCCACGGCAUCGAGGAGGAGUAAAACGUCACCGCACUUUUUCGCCCGGUGACCCCGAGGAUAUCUACCUGGCGAACGUUACCUACGUCCGGGAGUCGGUUGACAGUUGCGUCGGGGAUGAGACACGCCGCUAGUCCGAUGGACGUAGGCGACCGGUUGUAGCACAGUCGACGAUCUUUCGCCGCGUGCGUCAAUUUGCAAUAGUUAACCAAAGAUCCGGCCAGUGCCAUCUAGAAAACAGUCCAACGGAAGUGACAGCUGGACGUGCACGUCCGACCGCUUGUCAGUCGGAAUUGGAGCGUCGGACAGAGACACUUGGACGUAUACCGGUACCGGAAAUUCUUCCAGCGCGAGCUUUCCGGUGACGUUUCUAGGCCCAGUGAUCCGCGCGAUCCACGAGUACGUUCAGUGUCGUUCGUGAAGUGAGGUUCCAUAUAAAACCAGUCCAGUGACCGAAUGGAGCAGGGUGAAUGAUGAGUACGAUGCUCCCGGCUUCAUCAUGAGAACUCCGAAAAGCAAGCAUAAAUCUGUUCGGAGAGUCUCGCGUGACGGACGAUCGAUGCUCUGAAGGACGAGUUAAAGAGUUUGAAAGGCGAGCACAGCCGAGCGAGACUCGCGAUCUCGAGGAUUGUAAGGUCGAAGGUGAAGAGAUGUCAGCCGUUGCGCCAGCGGGCACUGGUGCCGCCGCGCCCACCGCGAACGGUCCGAUAGUGCCAGCCCCUGUUUUCGCGUUGCCGACGUUAUCGUUCACCGUCGGCCAGGUGGCCACCGUCUGCGAAACUCUGGAAGAGAGCGGCGACAUCGAGAGGCUAGCCAGGUUCCUUUGGAGCUUGCCGGUCGCUCAUCCGAACAUCCAGGAACUAAAUCAGAGCGAGGCAGUCCUCAGGGCGAGGGCGAUCGUCGCGUUCCAUUCGGGUCAUUACAGAGAGCUGUACGCCAUUUUGGAGAGGCACAAGUUCACCAAGGACUCGCACGGCAAACUCCAGGCGAUGUGGUUAGAAGCGCACUAUCAGGAAGCUGAGAAGCUGCGCGGCAGACCGCUUGGUCCGGUUGACAAGUAUCGAGUCCGAAAGAAAUUCCCGUUGCCCAGGACGAUCUGGGACGGAGAGCAGAAGACCCACUGCUUCAAGGAAAGGACCAGGUCGUUGUUAAGAGAAUGGUACCUGCAGGAUCCUUACCCGAAUCCUGGCAAGAAGAGGGAACUGGCCGCUGCCACCGGGCUCACGCCGACCCAGGUGGGGAAUUGGUUCAAGAACAGGAGACAACGGGAUCGGGCUGCUGCCGCGAAGAACAGAAUGCAGCAACAAUCCGGCACAGGAAACGGAAGUACACGUCGCGCGCUGAGCCCCGGCCCAGGCGGCAGCGACUCGGAGGACUCCGACAUUUCUCUCGGCGGAACGUCGCCUCCGUCGCCGAGUUCCUCGCCUCCGCCGACUCAUCAACCAUCUCCUGUUCCUCUCGGGCCCCUCGGACCUCUGCCGCCGCCAUCCUUAAAUUUCCGCUUCGAUCCGUCGCAAUCGCAGUUUCGAUUCAACCACGCGACGGCCUUCAAGUUCCCGCCAUCGGGCUUCCGGUUUGGACCGCACAGCCCGCAACACAAUCAUCCGAACAUCUCGGGCGGCGGGAUCUUCAGGCUGACGGAAACGAGCCCGUUCCAGGCUGUGGGACCAAGGGGUGAUCUCGGAUCGAGACUGCCGGAUCCCUUAGGAUUGCCGCCGCCGCGGCUGCAUCCGCACGAGGGUCUGCUCCAUCAUCCGCACGUCCCACACCAGCUACCGGAAGGAAUGUCCAGGUUAUCGGACGGCUCGCGGCUCUCCGACGGCGGGAUCUCGCGUCUCUCGGACAGCCUAUCGGAAGCGCACAGCCCGCCGCUAAUGGCGACGAACCUGUCGGUGACGGGUCCGCUGAGGGUCGCGGUGCCGAGCCCUCACACGCCCUCCUCGCGGGGCAGCCCACCGUCGAGUCAGCCGACCCCGCAGGGUCAGUCCCAGGGCCAGGGAUUGAUAAGGGUUGCGACGCCACCGCCGAACCCGAAACCGCCUCAGAUCCACAGACCGUUCUCGCCGGCGUGAUACGAUAAGGACGACGACCCGGACGAAAUUGUGUUGGAGGAACGGGAGAGCUACCGGGCUUCAGUGCCCAGUGGUGCAGCAGUAACCACCAGCAACGGGGAGCACCAGCUGUUCCUCGAGAAGCGGUUCGAGGUGUUGUGAGAUCGAUGAAAGCCGCGAAACGGGGAGAAUCGUUUUCGCAAAGGCGAACCGAGUUCGCGAGACUUCGACGAUCACCCCUGCCCGAUGAUUACUCGAGAUCAAAGAACGAAGUAACUCGAGGAAGCUGUUCGUAGGGCGAAGGGCUGUGCCGCGAGAAAUCAAUCAACAUCUGACACCGUAAAUCCGGUGAACAACUCGUGCGGCGACGGGAAAGGAGAUCGGCGGGAUCAGCGCCUAAGAAAACGCUGAUGGGACGGACGACGCUGUCGAUUACGUAUUCCAGGAAGCCUGGCCAGAGUAUUCUAGUUUUGACGGUGCGUUGUUGGUAAACAGAUCGCACGGGCGGACGUGUGCAAUUUAACCGAGAUGGAAAGUUGAAUCCGAGUGUAAAUAGUUUCCCUGGGACUCUGGUACGACCAGGCGGUCUGCUUCAGCGACGGACUCUCAGUGUAGUGAGAUGUUACUUUCGUAGUUUGUACAUAGCGACGCUUCUGCGAAACCAAAAAUGGAACACGAGGAAAAUAGGAAGGGACAGGUUGUUCGUAGUCGUUACUCGAGAAACUAUUCGGUGGUCGCUUGGAGCCUCUCGGACGCUGAUUCGAAUCAUCGUCGAGCGGAUGAUCGAAAUAUCCAACGCUUUAUUCGGUCAAGGAAUUAGACAAUAGUUCCUUGUCCUAGACUGUCAGAGCUAAUUGUCGAGUGAUAAACGAAUAACCAUUUCGUAAAUGAUCCACGCGAGAUUACGACGACGUCGUCUCUGAAUCCUCUUUGUAUCGGGAUUCAACGAACGCAGAGCGGUAAGCGUUGGGAUCCUCAGGGUCAGCGUCGACCAUGUGUCGACGUCAAAACCGCACAACGUCGCUUACUCGACGACCGAGAGUGAAAAAGUGAAAAUCGCGGAGGACGCGAACCGACGCAUACGUCGUGAUCAGAGGCGGACACACAAUCACGCGUACACGUACACGUACACGUACAAACACACGAUAAACACGCAUCCUCGUCCCCAGUAGGCUAAAUAGAGAUUAGCGAUUUGUAAAUUUCCGAAAUCGUCCGUGGUCACGUUAAAAUCGUUUCGCUCCGGGAGCAGAACGAGCCGCGGUUUAUGACUCGAAGAUCGACAAGAGUCGAUCGAUCCAUGAAUCUUUCUCCGAAGGAAGCCUAACUGAGUGGUAGAAAAACUCGACGCCGGGACAUCCCACCCGUAAUUGACGUUCCUCUUCUCUCUGUAGAUACGCAUCGCGGAUAACCAAUACGUACACCGUAACACGCAAGGAACAGAAUAAAGAAAAAAAAACAAAAACAAAUUAGCGAAUUUCUUGUGUAAUCGGCCCUUAUACAUAUUGAACAUACCUACCGAUCUAUGUACACAUAGACACACCUUACGUAAAAGACUAUUACCAACGGAAUUAUACAUAUAUAAAUACAUGGAGGAGAGAAUGAAUCAUUAUGAAUUAUUAUUAUUAUUAUUAUGAAAAUUAUUAUUAUUAAUAUUAUUAUUAAAUAUUAUUAAUAUUAUUAUUUGCGCCUGUACAUAACAUUCACGCG